UCCCUCUCAUGCACACAUCUUCUUUUGGAGCGCUCACAAGCGCGAAUCGUCUGACAAACUGCGGAUGAAAAUGAGCGGCUCACUUGCUUUCGAGUAAACGCGUCUUUUUUGAGUUCGACUCUCAACUCUGAACUGAUCACCAUGGGAGCUGUUUGGACUGCACUGCUCCUCUGUUUGUUUUUGCUCUUGUUAAAUACUCGCCAAAGCGCCGCACUUCCUCACAAUACUGAUUCAGAUCAGUGCGCAGAGGGAAGCGAUGCCUGUCACAUUGACGCUAUUUGUCAAAACACCCCAACUUCAUACAAAUGCAUAUGUAAAACAGGAUUUAAAGGAGACGGGAAACACUGCGAAGACAUUGAUGAAUGUGAUCUUGUGUACAAUGGUGGCUGUGUACACGAAUGUAACAACAUACCCGGCAAUUAUCGCUGCACUUGCCUUGAUGGGUUUCAUUUGGCACAUGAUGGACACAACUGUCUCGAUGUGGAUGAGUGUGUCUUCAACAAUGGUGGCUGUCAGCAUAUAUGUGUCAAUACCAUGGGAAGCUAUGAGUGCCGGUGCAAGGAAGGCUUUUUCCUGAGUGACAAUCAACACACAUGCAUCCAUCGCUCCGUGGAAGGCCUGAGCUGCAUGAAUAAAGAACACGGUUGUGCUCACAUCUGUAAGGAAACGCCGAAAGGUGGCGUAGCCUGUGAGUGCCGGCCAGGCUUUGAGCUGGCCAAGAACCAGCGAGGCUGCAUCUUGACCUGUAACCAUGGCAAUGGGGGCUGCCAGCACAUCUGUGAGGACACAGAGCAGGGGCCCAUCUGCAGGUGUCACGUCAGGUACGCGCUACACGUCGAUGGCAGAACCUGUGUAGAAAGGGAUGAAACAGCCCCCACCACCUCUGACCACAAUGCCACAUCCAUGGCCGAGGUAGACAAACGAGUCAAGCGUCGACUGCUUAUGGAGACGUGUGCAGUGAAUAAUGGAGGCUGUGACAGCACCUGUAAGGACACAUCUACAGGUGUUCGCUGCAGCUGCCCGGUGGGAUUCACCCUCCAACCGGAUGUCAAGUCCUGCAAAGACAUUGAUGAGUGUGAGCUCCAUAACGGCAGCUGUGACCACUACUGCAGGAACACCAUUGGCAGCUUCGAGUGUAGCUGUCGGAAGGGCUUCAAGCUGCUAACAGACGAGCGUUCAUGCCAGGAUAUCGACGAGUGCUAUUUUGAGAGAACGUGUGACCACAGUUGUGUGAACUCACCUGGUAGCUUUCAGUGUGUGUGCAACAAGGGCUACACUCUAUAUGGGCUUGCCCAUUGUGGAGAUAUAAACGAAUGCAGUUUGAACAAUGGAGGAUGUGAGCACACUUGUGAGAACACCAUGGGAAGCUUUGAGUGCCACUGUCACGCUGGUUACAAGCUGCACUGGAACAAGAAGGACUGCAUCGAAGCAGAGGACUCUCCCCUAGUGCCUCCACCUGCCAGACCCACUCUGAACUGCAGUAAGCAGGGAGGAGGUGAGCAUUGCUACCUGACUUGCCAGUCUCAGGUUCAUAUCAGCAGUGGGGCUGAGGAUUCAUACACAGUGACUUGUGGCAUGCCCUUGCCUUGCCUCAGUAGAGGACAAUGGAACGAGAAUGGGUCAUUUUGCCCAGGCUCAGGAAUUAAAGCCAUUGCAACCUUUAAAUCUGGACAGGGGAAAUGCAAUCUGAAACGCAGUCAGGAAAAUCUUGCGCAGAGCUUCAGAACAGCACUUUCAGAUAAAAGAGCCAUCGAGAAUGUCCAGUUCAGCUUUGUUAGCCUGCACUGUACCUCUUCAAGCAGACAGCUUCGCAGUCGCCACGGGAGGAAGGCUGGUGAGGAGGAGGGGUCCUCCAUCACGGCCCAGUUUGAGCUGGAUGUGAACCUGGAGGAGGUAACAGCAGAGGGCUGUGACCUGGCAUGUGUUCGGCGGCGCUCUGAAAAGCGACUGAGGAAGACCAUCCGUACUCUUCGUAAGUCCAUCAACCGGGAGCAGUUCCAUCUUCACUUUGCUGGAUCGGAGUACGAGCUGGCCAAAAAACUUGUCCGACCUCCUGACCUACCUGAGCACUGCGGCACUGGACAGGUUCUGCUGGACAAGAAAUGUGUGAAAUGCAGCGUUGGCACGUACUAUGACGGAGAACAGGGAAGGUGUUUUCUUUGCCCCCCUGGGACAUAUCAAGAUGAAGAGGGGCAGGUGUCCUGUGAUGUGUGCCCAGGACCCGAGGGGAGGGGAAUCCCAAGAACCGCAGGAGCACGAAAUAUCUCAGAGUGUGGUGGUCAGUGCCAUCCCGGUCACUUCUCCCAUGAUGGCUUUGUCCCCUGUCUGCCCUGCCCACAAGGCACCUAUCAGCCUGAGGUUGGUCGAACAUCCUGUUUCCCAUGUGGAGGAAGCCUCACGACCAAAUAUGAUGGUGCUGUGUCGUUCCAGGACUGUGAGACUAAAGUUCAGUGCUCCCCAGGACAUUACUACAACACGAGCACCCAUCGCUGUAUCCGCUGCCCUAUUGGAACUUAUCAGAUGGAAUUUGGCCAGAACUAUUGCAUUGCCUGCCCUGGAAACACGAGCACCGAUUUUGAUGGAUCCACAAACGUCAUGCAGUGCAAAAACAGGCACUGUGGAGGAGAGCUGGGAGAAUUCACUGGCUAUAUUGAAUCCCCCAACUACCCCGGCAACUACCCAGCCAAUGUCGAAUGCACCUGGACCAUCAGCCCACCUCCUAAGCGCAGAAUACUUGUUGUGGUACCUGAGAUUUACCUUCCCAUUGAAGACGAGUGUGGGGACUAUUUGGUCAUGCGGAAGAGCUCUCUGCCUAAUUCAGUGACGACCUAUGAGACAUGCCAGACGUAUGAGCGGCCUAUCGCCUUCACCUCCCGUUCCAAGAAACUCUGGAUCCAGUUCCGGUCCAACGAAGGGAACAGUGGGAAAGGCUUCCAAGUACCUUACGUCACUUACGAUGAGGACUACCAGGAGCUAAUUGAAGACAUUGUAAGGGAUGGAAGAUUAUAUGCCUCUGAGAAUCAUCAAGAAAUUCUCAAGGACAAGAAGCUUAUGAAGGCUCUAUUUGAUGUCCUUGCCCAUCCACAAAACUUCUUCAACUACACUGCUCAAGAGUCCAGAGAAAUGUUUCCCAAAUCAUUUAUCAGAUUCCUCCGCUCCAAAGUUUUGAGAUUUCUGCGCCCCUAAAUUUUGCAAAAGCAUCUUUAUGGAAUUCAUAUUUGGCGCUUCCUUUAAACUUGACUAACCUGGGACAAAUAUUCCUGAAUGUUCUUGGCUGCCUGGCUGCAUACUCUGUGUGGAUUAAUGACUUCCUCUUGGUCCUGACGAGAUGAGAGCUCGUGAGAGAUGAGACUUUCCAUUCUACUUCAUUGGGAUGUUUUUCUUCUGAAGGAAAUGAACUGUACUUCCAUUGAAUGGAUAGCUAGCUGCUUCUCGUACAGUUACAACAUGGAGCACCCUUCUUAAAGACAAAGGCCCUGCCUGUUUUAUUCCUUUAUAACCCUAAAGUCACUGUUUUGCCCAAAAAUGUUAAUUACUGCCUGGAUUAUGUUAGAACAAAAUUAAGAGGAUUUAAAAAAGAAGAGCAAGUCAAUUAUUGGGUGUAUAUUGGCGGUUCUUAGAAAUCUGUCAUCUUUUGUCAAAUAUGUUGUCUACCAUAUUCUGAAAACUUCAAAGCACUACUAAGGAUGUAGUGGAAAUGACAGCAAAAGCAGUUAAAAUUAUUUUUGCGAGUUCGAAUGUGUUGUACAUUAUGUAAAAAAAUAGGAUCAUGUUACUGUAUUGUACUCUUUUUUUGCAUUUUAGCCUUCUUCAUACAAGACAUACUGUACAUUGCUUUGUAUUCUUCAUUUGUAUGCAGUACAGAAUCUUAGAUGUACACAGUAUUUUCAGUGGGUUUUGUUGAUACAAUGAUCAUUUUUGGUCCAUCAGUUAUUUCUCAUCAUUCACUUGUUCAAUACAUAUGCUCAGAUUUGAUUAUAAAAUCAGACAGUCUUUGGGUUACUUUUUAAGUCGUAUUAAUGUUAAUAAUGAUGUGAAUUAAGAAUUGCAUUGCUUUUCGAGCAAAGACAAUUCUGUCACCCAGACUGUUCAUUUUUUAUUAAGAGGCUCUUGAUGUAGGAUUGAUUACCCAUUGCUGAUGACAUGCAGAGUAAAUUAAAUGUUAUAUUUUUAUGUUUGUACAUCUAACAUGUAAAUAAACAAACUCAAAAUAUAUUUGAUAUAGUAGUUCAACAUGGAAGAAGUGGCCUAAAACGAGACCCAUGCAUCUGGCUGCUUACUGUAGUGAGAUGAUCACAUGAAAAGAACAUAUGAUAAAAAACUGCUCAAGUAUACACAAACAUAUAA